UGUAAUAGUCACAUUCCAAACGGGCUUAACUGUCAUAACAUUGAACUUCAAGGUCCCCUAACGUGUUUUCCAGACCGAAACAGCAGGAGUUCAUAACUUCGCCGGCGACGAAUCACCGUCCCUGUCCGCCGCCGUCAUCCGCCGAUGGAACACCACCUCCGGCGGAAUUUGGAGAUCAACGAGAACAUCAGGCCUCAAGCUCUCUUACAAGCCCUCUCUCUCAUCGUCAACCCUUCCACCUCCGACUCCACACUUUCAUCCAUACUCAAAACCCUAACGCUCUCUCUCAAAAACCCAAAUACGAAUCCUUUUCUCAGCCACCACAUUCUCCGCCUCUUCUCUCUACUUUUCCAUCACCGUCCACACCUCCCUCACAACGUCAUCUCCACCGUCCGUGAAUUCUCUCUCCUCCAUUCAACUUCUGCGCGCUCACUUGCCGACGCCCUCGCGUGUCUCUCCCUCUCAGAUAUCAACGUCAACGAUGAAUCGACAUUCCUCUCACUCGUUCUUCGUCCCUGUAUUUCUGUUCGCCAUUGGUUGCUUUUGAAUGUGAGUAAAUUUGACAUACGGCCGUCGGUUUUGCUUACGGUUCUGCUAGGAUUUACGAAGGACCCCUAUCCGUACAUUCGUGGUGUUGCUUUGGAUGGAUUAGCUGAUUUGUGCAAGUGCAUUGUUGUGGAAGAUGAUAGUCUCAUCCACGGUUGCUAUCUUCGAGCUGUUGAGCUUCUGUUUGACUCCGAGGACUCAGUGCGAUGCUCUGCUGUUCGUGCAGUUAGUGCAUGCGGGCAGUUAAUUGUGGCAUCUAAACAAGAGAGAAGUAAAAGGGACUGGUGUGAUGCAUUAUUUCUGCAGCUAUGUUCAAUGGUGAGAGACAUGAGUGUCAAAGUCAGGAUUGAAGUUUUUAGUGCCCUAGGGAAGAUUGAAAUUGUUUCGGAAUAUAUUCUGUUACAAACGCUAUCUAAGAAAGCUUCAUCUGCAACAAAAGAAAUGAAUUUUCCUGGCCAGUACGCUGAGAAAAUUUUCAGGAUACCAGCAUCGAGUGCUAGUUUUGCUUUUCUACAUGGGCUGGAGGAUGAAUUUAGUGAGGUAAGAGAAUCUGCUUGCCGAGCUUUGCAAACAUUGGCUAUCCUUUCUGCUGAUUUUACUAAUGAGGUUGUGAACUUUUUAAUGGACGUACUUAAUGAUGAUUCAACGGCUGUAAGAUUACAAGCUUUAGAUACUAUGCAUCAUAUGGCGAUGGUUGGCCAUCUAAAGGUGCAACAAGCGCAUCUGCAUAUGUUUCUUGGGAUUCUACUUGACAGUCACAGCUUGAUAAGGUGUACAGCGAGGAAGGUACUAAAACUGACAGAACUACCGAGCUUGGCUAUGUUCAAAAUGUGUGUAGAUGGACUUAUAAGAGAGUUUGAAUUGUAUCCACAGGAUGAAACUGAAGUCUUUUCCGCUUUGUUCAUAGUUGGUCAAAAUCACGGAAAGUUUUUAGUCAGCUUGAUUAAUGAGGUUUCCCAAAUGGUAGAGCCCUCUUCUGGAGGUAAGUUGGGUUAUGACAAUGCAAGAAAAGCUUCAUAUUUAGUGUUAGCCACCUCUGCGCCAGUCUCAAUGAAGCAGCAAACUUGCAGCAUUCCACCAAGAAUAUUCUCUUAUGCAGUCACACUAUUAGGGAGAAUCACUCGUAGUUUGGCUGAAAUAGUUGACCAGAGAACACUUUUGGCUUAUCUUUCUUAUUGCAGUAGAUUCACAUUUGUUUCUGCAUCGGAGUUUUUUAAAGUGGAAGAGCAUCUGGAGGGAUGUGAUGUGCAAUUGAUACAAAGAUAUGAAGUUAUCUCUAAUUAUCACAUUCGGAGGAAAUUACAACUGAAGGAAGCAGAAAGCUCGCUUUUGGACUUCCAGGUUGAGCAGAAUAAAGAGAUAAACUGUGUGAAUAUCAUCCUUCAGGUGGUAAUAGACAUUUGGCCAUCGCUGAAACUUGGAUUGAUUGAUGAAGUAACUCGAACAUUGAGGAGUUUGAAGGCAGAAUUGGGAAUGAUAUCAGAUAACAAUCACAGGGGUGAGUUAGUAUUUGCUUUGCUAUAUAUAGAUGCUUUGGAACGACUUGGACACUUAUGCUCACACUUGAUGUUGUCCAAGGAGUUCUACUGCCAUGAAUGGGGGAAAUUGGAGUGCUCUUUGGGAAAACUCGACAGAUGCCUGAGGGAUAUGAGGUAUAAGUUCAUAGGUUUAACCAAAGAGGACAAUGUUCUUAUCUUAGAGUUAAUAAUUGCAAAUGGUAUAUUGACACUUUGUAAAAUGGAAGCCUGUGCAGACAAGACUACUCUAAAGAAAUUACAUUAUGUGAUGUCUUGUAUUGAACAUAUUUGUGGAGAAGGAUCCACUGUAUCGUCCAGUUUUGUGGUUGAAGUUCAGAAGUCAUUGAGUGAGAUUGAUACCACUAGUUGUCCGAUCUUGGAUAAUCCAUAUCUCCUUCUGAAGUCACUUGAGCAUUUCACUCCAAGAAAGGUAGUUUCUUCGGGAAAUCUCAAAUGUAUGGAAGCUGAACUGCAUUUUCAAGGCAAUGACUUUCAAAAUCCUCUUCCUUUUAUCUCUGGGCUGCCUGUUGGUGUAUCCUUAGAUAUCACACUCCAUAACAUCUCGAGCGAGAAUAGGCUGUGGAUAAAAAUGAGUCUCGAAGAGAAGUUAACUCAAUUUGUUUUCCUGGAUUUUCAUGAGAUUGAAGGGCACAAUGAAGUAAGGAAAUUCACGUUUGUUGCACCCUUCUAUCAGACCCCCAGGGCAAACUGUUUCUCAUUGAAGAUCUGUAUCGUUUUAGAAUGCAUGUCUGACGAUGAUCAGUUGUUCAGGAGCUGUGGAGGUCCUAAUCAUGAAGUUGCUCAUCUCUGUGAAGAAAAAGAAGUCUACUUUUCCGUCGCUGUUAGGUAGUUGUUUCGAUUUGAUCAAGUCUGGCCAAGAGAUUACUCUAGUUUUCUGAAUUAUGCUGCUCACUGGCAAAUUUGGGUAAAAUCAGUUGCUGGAUUUACACAAUUUUGUCCUUAUCAAUUUUUAAUGACUGUGGAUUACCCCCACAGAAUAAGAGGUCUAAGUGAGCACAAUGAGACCAGGUGGCAGAGCAGGAGUAGAAGGAGCUUCAUAGUUCAGAGCUCAGACCCUAACCAAGGCAUUGAAAGUAUUGCUGUAAUUCUUAUAUCGCUUGGUGCUAACUCAACAUGCCUGAACUUGUUUCCUUUUUUGUCAUCACAGGCAUCAUGUUAUCGAGUUUAUUCUUCACCUAGUUGUAGCGAUAAUGUAUAUAGUAACCUAGGUUAAGCUUGUAACGUUACUUAUGAUAUUUUAAAUUAUUGAAUUAUUGAUUGGUUUGUACUUGAAUAUAAAAGGAACAAGAAAAUAAUAUAGGCUACAUUAAUGAUU